CAGACCCAGUGGGUGGGACAGUCACACCCAUGUCUAUAUGACUAUAUGACUGGGGGGCAUCAUGUUCAGAUAUCUCAGUGUGUGCCAGUCUGCUGAUACUGACUGAUCUGCUCUCCCGGGACUGCAAACUGCCCCAUACCGUCUCAGUGUAAAUCUUCGUGCCCUAGUUUGGAAAUGGCUGGUGAAAAGACAGACGUGAAACUGACCCACGCAGAGCAAUGCAUCAAGGACUUAGUGGCGACGUUCUAUGAUUGUUCCAGAAAAGAUAAAGAUCAGGAGAACCUGUCGCUGGAGGAAUUUAGGGAACUGGUGAAGAAGAACUUCCCAAACUACCUGAAGGGGGUGAAUCUGGAGGAGAAGAUCAAGGAGUUGGACACCAACAAUGACAAACAAAUGAAGUUCAGUGAAUUCUUGAAGCUGAUUGGAGAAUUGGUCAAAACCGUGAAGAGAUGUGAGAAGGCAAAACAUACAUGUUAGGGGGGUCGCUGAGCGCGUUCAACUGGCCGUGGGGCAAAUAUCAUUAUGUCUUGUGUGAAAUGAGAAUAAAAGAUAAAGUUUAA